UUUUGAGAUCUCUCCCUUUCUCUUCUGUGCAACUGCUGAUACAUUUUAAUAACAUGCUUAAAUUUGGCAAAUAAUAACAAAGUUAAAUAGCAUUAAUGGCAUGCUUAGCUUUAUCAGAAUUAUGUUGUGCAAUGCUUUUUAACUUCUAGGCAAGUUACUUCAUUUCUACUUGCCAUCUUUUUUAUCUGUCCCAAAUUUUGCAUGGUUGUAGUUGCACAGCCAAAAUUCAGGUGUUAGGGCAGCUGGCAUCCUAACUGCCUGCUUCUAAUUCAAUAUCUAAAUUGCAAAGCCUUCAAGUUAAACCUUUUAAAUGGCACAGUCAUAUUUACUUCUAAGUCCAUAUUAUCUAUUAAGCUCUCCAGCUGACAGAAAAUUUAGUGUAUAAUGGUCAAAUGGCAACUGUUUAGGAUUAAAUGUGUAACUGGACUGACGCCUUCCAUUUAUAACUGCACUUGGAUGCAGUUGUCAGAGAAAUCUGUUUAACUUGUGGUUUUGCUGCUAGCUCUUCCCCAUUCAGGCAUGAUGUGUGGUAAUGCCAUUGCUGACCAUUCAUCAAGUGGGAAACAGAUGGCACUAGUUUCCCUUCUAUUGAGGGAUGGUGAUGAAAGGCUGCUCCUGUGAGAAUGGCAGCAAUGAUGCAAGGCAAAAUAUUUUCAGAAUAUAAGUGUUUUCCAGUCUUUGCCAGAACAUUGAUUGUAAAACAUGCAUCUUAUUCUACACUGGUGUAAAUACCAGCUGGUGACAGAGAUCAUCUUAUCACUGCUGGAUUCCUAGAAGGAACUUGGUUAGAAGGUAAACUGCCUUGUUGAUAGUUGUUUCUUGCCAUGUAGCAGUCAAGAUUUUCUUGCUGCUUACGUUUGGCAGCACAGGUGAACUUUGUGUCUGCAAUUAGUCUUUGACUUUCUAAAGGAAAGUACCAGACCACAGAUUUAACAUUGGAGUAGUCAAACAACAUCUAAAAUUGCUGUUUGGAAGUUGAAAAUUCCCAGGUGAGCGUGCUGUUGGAUCUCCAGAGGCUUGUUGGGCAAUGUCCUCAAGAGUAUCUCCCAAAGAAGCACAUUAGGUGCUAAGAAACUAAAUACUCUGUUUGCCUAGAUACUCUGUUGUUUAUUUUCUUGACAGGCCAGGAAUAUUUGUCUGCUUUGGCUGUGCAUUCAUUUGCUGCACAUCCAGCAGAGGCUGAGAGUAGUUCUGAGAGUGACCAUCCCUCCAUGAGUCCAUUCAGCAGGUCACUACUUGGAUAUCUUCUUCUACUUACCAGAUCUACUCCUGGCCUUCAGGCCAUUGCUGUACCAAUACAGGGAGCAGUGAAUCUCCUAAAAAGCCUGCCACCUUUUGGGGUGACUUUGCUGGAUAUUUGUACAAGUUAACCUGGGGAGAAUGUAACCCUGGGUGAGCUCCCUGUGCUGUAAAUGUGAAGAAAGGAAUUCAGCACUUCAAGCCUGUGGAAGACAGCAUGAGCUGGGACAGGAGGGAAGGAAGGAAGGAAGGAAGAAUUUAUCCUCUCCAUCUCUCUCCUAGGCCUGCAGGAUCUCCUUGGCAUUCAGCUUGAGCAAGUGCCUUGCCAUCCACAGGCUCUACAAGUCAAGACAAGCUUUAUGGAGAGUUGAGUCUCCCUGAAUGUUGGUGCAGUAGUAAUUGCAAAGAGCCACGACCUCAGUGAGCCCCAAGUGGUCUCUGUAUGCUGAACUGAAAUGCAAACAUGCACACUUUCAGCUGGAAACAGGGCACAGCUGGGAGGAAAAGAUGUUUGGCUUUCACAAACCGAAGAUGUACCGGAGUAUAGAGGGCUGCUGUAUUUGCAGGGCUAAGUCUUCCAGUUCUCGCUUCACUGACAGCAAACGUUAUGAAAAGGAUUUCCAGAAUUGUUUUGGGCUCCACGAGGCUCGCUCGGGAGAUAUUUGCAAUGCCUGUGUCCUUUUGGUGAAAAGAUGGAAAAAAUUACCAGCAGGAUCCAAAAAAAACUGGAAUCACGUGGUAGAUGCCAGGGCUGGACCCAGCCUUAAAACAACACUGAAACCAAAGAAAAUGAAAACCCUCUCUGGAAGCAGAAUAAAGAGCAAUCAAAUCAGCAAGCUGCAGAAGGAAUUCAAGCGGCACAACUCUGAUGCCCACAGCACAACUUCAAGUGCCUCCCCAGCUCAGUCGCCCUGUUACAGCAACCAGUCGGACGAGGGCUCUGACACGGAGCUGAGCGCCGGGGCCAGCAGGACACCCGUGUUCUCCUUCCUAGAUCUCACCUACUGGAAAAGGCAAAAGGUCUGCUGUGGAAUUAUUUACAAAGGGCGUUUUGGAGAAGUCCUCAUAGACACUCAUCUCUUCAAACCUUGUUGUAGCAAUAAAAAGUCUGCCACUGAAAAGCCAGAACAAGAAGGACCCCAAUCUCCAGCAAUCUCCACCCAAGAGGAGUGGUGACUUCCUUGGAUAGCUGCAGAAGGUUAUACAGAUCCUCUUAUUCUCUGGAAAAAUACUAGAAAAGUGACUGUUCACUUUGGACACCUGCUAUGCUGCCAAAAGACUAUUCCCUGGAACUGUUUUGGGUUUUACUGCUACGAUUCCACAAACUCUGAAGCCAGUUGGUAUCCUUUCAGAAAGACUGUACAUAAUAUUUAAGAUGCUAUGGAACACUUGGCAAAGCUGAAUGCUGCUGCAAGGUUGUCUAAUUUUCCCCCACACUCACUUCCCAAGUGAGUAUGAGGAUGGGGUUUGUAUAUUAAAGUAUAUGUAGUUCAUGUUUCUGUACUGAAAGAAGCAGUGGUUGUAAACCUUUUGGUUUUGGUUUUUAUUAUUUCUUUAAAAGUUGGUUGGCAAACUUCCUAAAUUCCCAAGAAAAUAUUUCAUUCUUAGACAUGUAUGAGUCAAUAAGAUGAAUUAAUACAUAGAAAUGUUCUAAGUCACCUCUCUAGUUAUAUAAAUAUAUAUUUUUAAAGGUGUGGCGAUUUCACCCUGUACUACUGACAUAACAAAGACAAAUAUUUCAUCCCUCCCAUGUGCACAGACUGGUAAUCUGCAGACAUCUCUCCUUCAAGUGUAGCUAUCUGAGAAGGCCUCCAGCAUAAAAGUGCUCUUGAGAAUGGGUGGGAGAGCUCCCCACCUUAGCCAAGGAUUAAGACUUACCUAAGAACUGAACGUAGCAAAAUGGGAGGUUACUUCUUUUAAACCAGCAGCAGGCACCUUGAGCUUGGUGUAGUAAACCCAGGUGGUUAGAGAUGGACCAAGAAACCCCUUGAUGGCCAAGUCAGGUGCAGAUGGCAGCCCAAACUGAGUAACUCUUCUCUGUAGGACCAGUGCAGCUGAAAUGUGACCACAAACAAGACUCCUCCUGGUUUUGGACCUGACAAAGAACCAAACCCCUUGCUAAGCAAAUUAGGCUCUGGUCCAGGGACAUAAUCGGGUUGCAGCCUGGGGUUUGGAUUCACAAUAACUGUUUUGAAACCCUUCCCCUGCAGUGCUUCUCUGUGUUUGGGUGUUGUUGGUUUUUGUUUUGUUUUUUUUUUCCAUUUGUUUGUUUAAGCAACUGCCAGGUCAACACAUUUGUGAAUACUGAAUCUGAAAAGUCCUGCUAAGAAUGGUGCUGUGCUGAAUCAAGGCAGCAGCUCUGUUUGCAUAUGUGAUCAAAAGAUAAUCUACACAGAUUCCUAGAUGAGCUCGUGUGCAAAUCGUUGUGACACUCCUUCAAACUCUGCUUUGCCUCUAGGGUGGAAGCAGCUUCCUGAAAGGUUGUGCUGCAGUUUUAGCUCCCAGUUGCUUCUUGUUCCUUUUAUGAAGGUUUUACUUGUGUGAGUUGGGAAUUAUGCUUUUUGUUUGGUUGGUUUUUUCCUGGUUUUAGAGGGAGGGAGGAUUGUUUUUUACUAUUUCUCUUUUGGGAUAUCCUACAAUGGGUUGCUACAUGGUGUGAUUCUUGUGGUGUCCUGAGUAGGGCCAGGAGCUGGAGUUGGUCCUGAUGGGUCCUUCAACUCAGCAUAUUCUAUGAUUCUAAGCUUUCCUUUUUUGUGAGAGUCAUUGGCAUAAUACUGUGGUGGGUAGGGUUUAGGACUGGAUUUCCAUGUAGUCUUGGUUCCUGAAAUGGGAAUACUUAGCAAAUUAAAAUAUAGAUAGGGAAAGAUAUGCAGGUUUUAAGAGGAGCCUCUACCCUCAAAGCUUUUUUUUUUUCUUUCUUUUUUCCUCUCCUGUUGGGUCAGCCAAUCUCUGGAGAGAAAGAAAAUCAGGGGAAACAGGGCUUUGACUUAUCACAGCCUUACACCUUAGAGCUUUCCUUGGACUCAUUUUGCUUUUCCUAAACUCUGGGGCUCUUAAGGGAGGACAAAGCUGCUUACCUUGCUUUUAUUCUCAACCAAAUAGAAUCGUUCAGGUUGGAAAAGACCGAAGCCCAUUGAGUCCAGCCAUAGCUACAAUGGAUACUUGAUUGUAUAAAGGCAUAACUAGGUUGGUCAUGUCUAAUAAGGGCUUGAGCAAGAGUCCUCGCUGUGUUUGCAGACACCUAUUUCAUGUGAAUUUGUAUUUUCAGCAUCAGUAAUUCUGUACACCUCAGAAGGCUGCAGUGUUGGUGGUAGGAUGUGCUCUGAUACGGAUCAUCUCUUCUGUAUUUAUUUAUUUAUUGCUGGAUUUCAACCGCCAACUGCUUCCCCUACUCCCUCCCACCUCUUCCAUUCCCAGUAGUAAUGCAAAAUGAGUAGUCAUGCACUUUGUAUUAAUGUAUUAGAAAUCUAUGGAACCUGUUUUGUACUUUUAUACUGUUCAGACACUUGUAAUCCAAACUUUGUUUUUACUAGGGUUAUGAAUAAAUUUAGUCUUAUUUAGAAAAUAA